UAUGUUUUAGUCUGAAAGGCGGAAAAUGGUUUUAUUAUGACCAUGAAUGUAAAAUCAGCAUAAGGCUACAAAGAUAUACCGUGAUGCUAAGGUUAAAAAAACUAUAUACCAGUAUUUAAUUUGUAGGUUGCGACAAAGUCUACUCCUUCUACAGAGCACAGCUGUGAGAGAACCCAGGUGUAAGGUGUAACCAUCCAGGUGUUCAUCGAGACAUGCUGCCUGUGCUCCUGCUCAUCUGUGCGGCCAGACAGGUUUGUGGGUCCAACCCUGGAGCGUGGGGAUUUGGACUCAUCCAGGACAGACAGAGCUCUGUGGCAGCCGAGUGCCCCUCUCCGUGUCAGUGUGAAGAAGAUGGGAUCUUCAUCAUGGUGGACUGCUCCGAGCUGGGACUAUCAGCUGUGCCAACCAACCUCAGCCCUCUAACCACAUAUCUGGACUUGAGUAUGAACAAUAUCAGUGAGAUUCAGCCCAGAGCCUUUCACCGACUGCACCUGCUCUCUGAACUACGUAUCUCUGGGAAUCAGCUGAAGUACAUCUCAGGCCACGCUCUCCAGGGCCUCCACAACCUCAAAGUCUUGAUGCUACAGAAUAACCAACUGGAGAGAUUACCACAGGACACCCCAUGGGACCUGCCCAACCUGCUGUCACUGCGUCUGGAUGCUAACCUACUGUCUGAAGUCCCAUCAGGGGCCUUUAGAGGGGUACGCUCCCUCAGACACCUCUGGCUGGAUGAUAACUCCCUUACAGACAUCCCAGUGACAGCCCUGGACUCUCUGCCCUCACUGCAGGCCAUGACAUUGGCUCUGAACCAAAUCACUCACAUCCCAGACUACGCUUUCACAAAUCUCUCUGCACUCGUGGUUCUGCAUUUACAUAACAAUCAGAUCCAGAGCAUGGGAGCAAGAUGUUUUGAAGGACUGCAGAGUCUAGAGACACUGGACUUAAACUACAAUAACCUCCAGGAGUUUCCAGUGGCCAUCCGAACCUUGAGCAAGCUUCAGGAACUGGGCUUCCAUAACAACAAUAUUAAAGCAAUACCUGAAAGGGCUUUUGUGGGAAAUCCACAGCUCCAGACGAUUCACUUCUUUGAGAACCCUAUUCAGUUUGUGGGAAAAUCUGCCUUCCAGUUCUUGCCCAAACUCCACACACUAUCUCUGAAUGGAGCAACACAGAUUCAGGAGUUCCCAGAUCUUAAAGGAACAACAAGUUUGGAAAUAUUGACUCUCACCAGAGCCGGCCUCUCUGCUCUGCCUUUGGACCUGUGUGAGCAGCUGCCUCACUUAAGAGUACUUGAGCUGUCCUACAAUGAAAUCAAAGUCUUGCCCAGUUUUUACCACUGUUCAUCACUGCAAGAAAUUGGAUUGCAGCAUAAUCUGAUUAAAAAGAUAGAGUCCACUACUUUCCAUCAGCUCAACUCUUUAAAAACACUUGAUCUAAGCUGGAACUUGAUAGAGUGGAUCCACCCAGAUGCUUUUGCAUUUCUUCACUCUUUGGUCAAGCUGGAUCUUAGUGAGAAUCUUCUUCGCUCACUACCAGUUACAGGCUUGGGGUCACUCACCCAUCUCAAAUUAAGAGGAAAUACUGAAUUAUAUGAUGCCUUCAGUCCAGAUAACUUCCCACGAAUGAGGAUAAUUGAGAUGCCCUAUGCAUACCAGUGCUGUGUGUAUGGAUCUUGUGAUGGCUAUAAAGCUGUAAACCAGUGGGACACCGAGCAGAGCAGUACCGACGAAGACCUUCACAAGAGAACUGUGGCCAUGUACCCAAUCCACACAGAAACAAACUAUGACCCUGACCUGGAGGAGUUUCAGCUUGAAAUUGAAGAAUCUAAGCUUCAAACAAGCGUACAAUGCACACCUAUACCAGGUCCAUUCCGCCCAUGUGACACCCUGUUGGGCAGCUGGCUGGUGCGUAUGGGGCUGUGGUCCAUCUCUCUCAUCGCUCUGAUGGGAAACGCUCUGUUGCUGCUCUCCCUCUUCAGCUCUCCAGGAUACCUCUCCCCCCUGCGCUUCACUGUGGCUUGUAUGGGAGCCUCUAACCUGCUCGCAGGAGUGUGCAUGUGCACUCUGGCUCUGGUGGAUGCGCUGACCUAUGGAGAAUUUGGUCAUCAUGGAGCUCACUGGGAGGGCGGUCCUGGCUGUCAGGCCACUGGGUGGGUGUGGGUGUUCGCCUCAGAAGCCAGUGUGCUUCUGCUCACUCUGGCGGCUGUGCAGUGUGGAGUUACUGUGACAUGUGCACGGGCCUAUGGGAAGUCUCCUUCUCUGGGAAGUGUGCGCACAUGUGCACUCUUCUGUCUCACUCUGGCCCUGUCUUUGGCCUCUCUACCUCUUCUGGGAGUUGGGGAGUAUGGGUCAUCUCCACUGUGCUUGCCCUCACCACUGCCUGCCCCAGCCUCUCGACUGCCCUCCUCACUGGGGUUUCCUCUGGCGCUCAUAAUGAUGAACACUCUGUGUUUACUAAUCGUCACAGGCUCAUACAUCCGCCUGUACUGGGAGUUACUCAAAGGAGAGUGCGAUAGUUUAUGGGACUGUGCUAUGAUCAAACAUGUGGCCUGGCUAAUCUUCACCAAUGGAAUGCUUUAUAUUCCUGUGGCCUUCCUGUCUCUCUGCUCCUUGCUUGGUCUGUUAUCUCUGGGGGAUGAGGUUCUUAAAUCAGUUCUGCUGCUCCUUCAGCCUCUACCAGCUUGUGUAAACCCUCUGCUCUUCCUCCUCUUCACUCGAGACCAAUCCCAGUUUUUCCUUUGGCCACACCCCAAAGACCGCCCUCAGCUGCGGCGGGAGCGGACCCUGGACUCUCUGGUUUCCGUGGAGACAGAGAAAAGUUCCUGUUCCGAGUCGUCCACUCAGUUGUCUCUUGGUGAAGCCGAUGUACUAUCCAGUAAAAACUCCUCAGUCCAAACUCGACCGGAUCCAAUCAGAUUUUCACACUGCUCUUCCACCUCCACAUCGUCCUCCAUCCCUCUCAUCACAUGUCAAUUCACUUCUGCCAAUCGAGACAGGACAUCACACAGAGGAAGCCUCAUUGGCGAUGAAUUUUUUAACAAUUUGGAUGAAGAGUUGAUUAAUAACACUUGUCCUCUGUACCAUCCUGCACAUUCUUCUCAUCCUUGAGUGUCAGCUUUCUGAUUUGCAGGGACAUAAGAGACAUACAAGGACUGUCACUCUACAGCAGCAUGAACACAAUAGACCUCAAAAUGAGUCCAUGCAAGUCGGAGGGAAAGUCAAAGUGCCUUUGCUCACAGGGAGCAAGUAAAACUGUCCUGUACAAUGAUGACUGUUAAAGGAGUAUUGGCAUUGCUGUUCUGAUAA